AUUGCCGGAUGUGGGCCAAUGGAUACGUUCAAAGGGUUCAUGAUACAGGCGAGGUCAGCUGACUUGAAUCAAGACCAGUCUCCUAAGGGCAAUUUUACAGUGGUUAACAACACCCAGACAGCAUGCUCAGGAAAAGCAUUAGUACACACAAACAGAAAUCUGAAAUUUAACUUAACAUUCAACUGGACUGCACCCACCGAACCAGUAGGACCUAUUGUCUUCAGGGCAACAUUUGUGAGAGAGUAUUCUGUUUACUGGACGGAUGUCGUGUCGGAAGUAUUGUUCAACGGCUCUACCAGCCUGCUGCCAAACAACGUUGCCAAGGCAACGACCCUGAACGAAUCCUGCACUCCUGCUCCUGUUAGCUGUUCUGCGGCUACCGAAAUGUGCGCAAAUGCUUAUGCAAAAAACGUCUCUCUUCAUCCGUUUAAUGGGAGCCUUAUCUGCAUCGACGCAACCAACAACCUAAAGUGUAUCUUCGCGGCCUGUAAUUACUCACCAGAGAUGCAGGCGUAUUUAAUCAAUUCUACCCAAGCUGCCUUAGUCAAUGUGUCGAGUAAAUGUGUGAUCAACAUUACAGUAAAUCCUGCUUCUGGCUGUCAGACUGCCGCACCCAUCUGUAUACAUAACCAUCUGCGACUGUUGCAGAACUCGUACGAGGCAACUUCAGGACUGAACACCUACUGCCCGAAUAUAACAGAUCUCUAUAUGUGUUUGAGCGACGGAUAUUGUAGCAUGCCAGAGAUUAUUUUAGCAAUUGACAGUAUAACAAGCUAUGAUCUAAGUAGUAGGGGGAUCAAAUGUGACGUGGACUUUUUUAGGAAUGGAACAAUGGUAACAACAACACCAGCCCCUGUAAGCUGUGAAGUGGCCACGAGUACAUGUUCAAAUGCUUAUGCCAAGAACGUCUCACUUCAUCCAUCAAACAGCGACCUAAUUUGCAUUGACGUAAACAAUAAGUUGAGGUGCAUCUUCAAAGCCUGCAACUACUCACCAGAAAUGGAGUGGUACGUCAUCAACAGCACACAGACCGACAUCUUGUCGAUGCUCCCUUACUGUAAGAUCAACGUCACUGCAAGCACAGUUUCUGCUUGCCAAAGAGGAACGCCCGCUUGUGUUGCUAGUUACCUGACUAUGCUGCAGAACUCUCAAGAGGCUACUUCAGGCUCAGUGCAAUAUUGCCCGUAA